AUGAUUGGCACGCUUGAAUUUAUAUUUAUAGUUAUUAUUUCUUUAUUUUUUAUAAAAAUAUAUAAAUAUUUUUAUAAAAAGAAAUAUGAGAAAGAUAAUUUCCCAUCUAAAAAAUUUGAGAUAACUUGUUUGUCCUCAAAUUUAAAAGUUGAUAUUAUAUGUGAUAUAACAAAUAACUUUGGAAAAUAUUAUGCUAAAGAAGCUAUAAAAAAAAAAAAUAUAGUAUGUAUAAUUCCUGUACAUAAAACCCACAAUAAAAAAUAUGAAAAUGUUGAUAAUUUUAAUGAGUUUAUGGCUGAGUUUUUUAAAUUUCUAGAUAUAAAAAAUGGAAAACUAAUACUAGCAAGUGAAAAUAAUUGUUUGUAUGAUUAUUUACAGAUUUCCCCAGAGGAUGAUGAUGAUGAUAUUUUAUUAGCCUCAUGUAUUAUUAAUAAAAACAUAUCAAUAAUUGUUUGUGUUAUUAAUUAUGAUAAAGAGAUUGAAAAUCAACUUGAUUAUUAUUUAAAGAAUAAAAAAAAUAAUAUUUGUGCAUUUAUAAAUAAUUUAUUUUUAAAAAAUAUAAAUGACUUAAGAGAUGAAAAUGUAGAGUUAAGAGGAAAAAAAUGUCCGUUAAUUUCUAAUAGAGAAUUCAGUGAUCUUUUAGAAUUAUUUGAUUUCAUGAAUGUUAAAAAAGACUACUUACUUGAUUUUUAUUCAAUUAUGCUAAUAAAUAUGAAAAACUUUUCCUAUUUUUACAAACAUUUAGGAAAUUUAAGCUCAGGAACAUUUUUAAAUGCACAUAUAUACGACAAUUUUAUAUAUUCAAAUAUAUAUAAUUCCUUAAUGGAUAUAUAUCAUAAUUUAAUUUGUGAAAAAGUAAAAAAAGAUAAAAAGAAAAUUUAUGUUAAAAAAUUUUAUGCAUUUUAUUGUCUAAAGUAUGAUUAUAAGAAAAUGGUAAAAUUUGCUUCGAUGAAAUUAAAAAAUAAUUUAUUCUUGUUUUAUUUCUAUAAUAUUUACUACUAUAUUUACUACCAAUUAGUCCUGCAUUUUUCAAAAAAAAAUUAUUUAUAA